AGCCAAAACCCCAAACAAACCUCACCUACUACUCCCCUUCCUUCCCCAUUUCCCCCCCUCGCCAAUUUCUCCCUCAGCUCCCAUCCCCAUGGCCAGAGGGUUUUUGCCCGACGACGACGACGACCCGGCCUUUAAGCUCUACAAGAAAUGCUUCGAUUGCUACACUUAUUCCGUGAAUUGCUCCCAAGACUGUUUCCGGCAGUUCCCACGCCCUCCUGAGACGACCACGGUUCUUCCCUCCGGCCUGAAAUACCACAUGCCUCCCUAUUUGAUCUUCUUGCUCUGCCUCCUCGCCGCCGCUUUCGUCUUCCUCUGCUACGUCACUAUCCUGAAACGGUACCGUUUGGAUCUGCGGAUUCUCGGGAGGGAGCCGCCGCCGCCUCAAGGAUCCCGGGAGGAUUUCCUCGACGGGGAUCGGGCGCCGCCGGUGGACCAUCCCGUUUGGUACAUCAGAACCGUCGGCCUCCCGGCGUCCGUUAUCGAUUCGAUAACGGUGUUCAGGUACAAGAGGGGAGAGGGGCUAACGGAAGGGUCGGAUUGCGCCGUUUGUCUAACGGAAUUUCAAGAAGACGAGAUCCUCCGCCUGCUGCCCAAAUGCAGCCACGCUUUCCACGUUUCUUGCAUCGACACCUGGCUGAGGUCACACAAGAACUGCCCCAUGUGCCGCGCCCCAGUCACCGGCGGAUCUGCCUUCGCCGUCGAAACCGACGGCAACCUAAUGGCCGCCGGCGAUCAAGAAACCAGGGCGGAAAACGCGGAAAGCGAUCCGGAGAACCACGAAGCCAUAAUUAGAAGGAACCACAAAGGUGUUAGAGCGCAGAGCGACUUGGCGGGGCACAGAGUGGGCGGCGGCCGGGAAAUUCAACCGGCGGCAAGAAGAUCGGCGUCGAUGGAUUCAUAUUCAGUUUCAAUGAUGAGUAUAUCAGGGAGUGAGAUGGGUCCCUCAGGGUCAUCGUCUUCUGGGAGUAGAAGCUCUAGAUGGUACGGGGCCAUGAAGAGUUCUUCUUCGUUCCGGCUGCCGAUGAUAAGAUCAUCUUCCUUAACUUCUACUGGGAAUUGUUCUUUGCCAACUACUACAACCUAAACAGCAGAAAACAAGUUUUUUUUUAAAAAAAAAUUAUAUGUAGGACUAAACUGUUCUGGGUUUUGAUUCUCCUUUCUUUUGGGAGUAAAAAACAAAAGCAAAUGUAAUUGCGUAUCAAUAAUAUCAUUUGGUACCUAAGAGUCUAAGACACCAUAUCUAACAGUCUACCCUUUGG